AUGAGGUUCGGUCGCACGUUGAUGGUGUCGGGCUCGGUGCGACUAUUGUACGGCGGUGGCGGCGGCGGUGUUGGCGGCGGCGGCGUCGGUGAAACCGGAUGUGACAUGACGUUGCGUCUCAGGCCACGGGCCGGUUUGGGUUUCACGGCAGCGCCGCUCACCGUGCCGGAAAAAUCACCGCCCAACCGCCUGACGGCCAUGCCGACGAUGACCAUUCGCACCACGGCCACGUUCAUCGACCCCGAGCCCGCCGACGAUCCAGCGGCCGCGUACGUCAGCGUGCACUCUUAUAAUUGCGUGGGUGGUGCGGCGGGAUUCCCCGGCAACAGGGAACGUCCGGUUGCGACGGCCGAGUCUUCCGACCGUUACGAACAGUUUUUGUCGUCCGAAUUGGGAGGAGGUGUCAGCGACGAACUGCUGCUGUCAACCGGCGGUGACGCUGACUUGGACGUGGACGAAGGCGGCGCAGAGUCUGGCGGUUCCAGCGACGAGCGUAGAGGUCGACGCCCAUCGCCGCCACCUCUGUCGUCGUCGUCGUCGUCAUCAGCUUCCGACGAGACCGAACCCGCCGACAACCCUUCCGUUACCGAAAACUUCCCCUUCGUCUCGGCCGGCUUCGUCAACCCACCGGCACCCAGCCCGGAACCCAGGCUGCGCAGGAUUCAGUACCACAACAAACUACCCCAGCACCCACUGUUGACCAUCGCCACUGGUCCUGCCGCCACCAACAAUCCUCAUCACCAGCAGGCGCAGGACCAACUCCUUAUGGAAAUGGAAGACGUGUUCGUACGCGGCGUUCGAUCCCUGUUGGCCAAACACAUGGAACGUACCUUGAAACCCGUCUUGAAGGAUUCACUCAUGGCAAACAUGGGCUACACCGUGUCGUACGGUUGA